CUAUUUCUAAUAUAAAAUGCUCCUGAACCAGAGCUAUCGGCGGCUCGGCCGCCAACGGCCGGGCGGUAGUGGGGGGACAGAAGGCGUCGUCUCCAGAAUCGGUUCAAAAUCACAUCAGCGGUGUCGUGAAAAUUGAGCAUAAUAUAAAAAAUGUGGCCUUUUAAUACCUCGUGCGAUAGUACGGCGCGUUUUGAUGGCAAAACUGUCAUUAUAACGGGUGCAAAUUCUGGAAUCGGUAAGGAAACUGCCAGAGAUUUAUACCGAAGAGGUGCCAGGGUGAUUUUGGCUUGUCGUAAUAUGGAAAGGGCAAACGCUGCAGUGGACGACAUAAAGAGAAAUCCAUUUUUAAAAGCGGAUAAGCAAGAGGACAAUACAGGUGAUCUCGCGAUUUACCAACUGGAUCUCACCAGUUUCGCAAGUGUAAAAGAAUGUGCUAAAAAUUUACUAGCAAAGGAACCAGUGAUACAUAUUCUUAUAAAUAAUGCCGGCAUUGCAAUGUUUCCAUUCGAGAAAACCGUGAACGGAAACGAGAUGCACCUGCAGACGAAUCAUCUCGGACACUUUCUUUUAACGCUGUUACUAUUACCGAGAUUGCAAUUAUCUGGUUUUGGCUGUAGGAUAAUCAACGUAUCGUCUUGUACGCAUUGGUGUAAGUUUUAUUGUACAUUGCAAUGCAACCAG